GAGUUGAAGAGGCACAGUGCGUCAUGCUGUCGUAUUGGCCAUUACCUACCAAACCUUUAUGUGUGCCAUUGCGCUACUGACCAGCUGCAGUUCUCACACAUGCAAGCAUUUGAAGUAGUGUACAACGCACCCCAAAGCCACUUUUUUUGGUAUUGUGGAUGAAAAGGUUUGAUGGUCAGUAGUUGCACUUUUGUAGCCCCCAAUGUACAUGAUUAUCCCCCAAUCAUAUGCAAAGAUUAAAAGGCUUUACAGCACCUCAUUAUCAAAAAACAAAUCAACCAUGGUGCUUUCAUCAUUCCUUAGGGGAGCCACCUUCCUAUCGAAGCUUUCAUGAGAAGUGAGUGUACGGCGCGGACAAAAUUGAUAUAGGUUGCACAAUUCUGAGUUCAUAAAAUAGGCAAGCAUCUAGAGUAUUACGAUAGGCUCAGGGUCGAAGCUUUGGAGUAUAGAGAUGUAUCGGUUGGUUCCAUGAAUCAGGAAAUGCCUUACAUGGACAGCUUCAUAAAGGAGACUGCACGUACAACUCCAGCCAUCAUACGUAAAUUAAUCUUUUAUAGUUGUUUAAAGGGGGACUUUGACUGCAUUUUCGCUUCCGUUGCUGAUAUUCACUCGACGCAUUAUAGUCAGCGCUCCAGGUAGAGUGAUGGUCCCUUACACAUCUGCUCAAAGUUGGCAUUCACCGGCAGGUAAUGUUAGUACCACGGAAAUUCUACUUUAAACAUGCAGAACUACCUCUUAAUUGAACUGCAAAAUAAUCUAAUUCUUCGCUGGUGGGUUGCUAUUCCACAAAUACCUCUCAUGCAAGACGAAAAACUUUGGCCAUGUGACUCCUCAUUCGAAGGGUUUCGCUUCGUCAACGAGGACGGCACCUCCAAGUCUCGCUUCACUCAUCCGAGUUACGACUUUCCAUUCUGGGGAUCGAUUCGCCAUGCCUGGUAAGUCAGCAAUCCUAGUCUAAUAACAAUGACUUACAGAUAUCACUCUCUAGUCCAGCGCGAUUUUACGUCUCCAUGGUGAUGAAAAUGAUUCUUGGCCAUUUGAUUCUGGAGUACGAGUUCAAACUCCCAGAUGCAAAUGCCAAACCUUUCCUGGCCUUUGGUAAGAUGAGGCUACUUAACCCAUUUAUGUCUCUUUUGGUGAGGAAGCGAAUAGAUGUUGGUUCGGGCAUUUAGUUUACGGAGGGAGAUGCAUGUUCAUCAUAGGAUGACGUAGGAAUUUUCGGACGAAAGCGAAGUGUAAUGGCAGUGAUACUCGCGAGACGGGGCAAA